GAGAUAACCCUACUGCUGUGCAAGGUUAGUCUCUUGCUUCCUCGUUUGUACCCAUCCAGACGAUCAGAGGGGUUGUUGCUAUUAUCAGUUACAUCUUCUGCUGAUAAUAUUGAAGAUGCAAGAUACCAUCUUCCGAGUGUUCGUGGUGGCUCUGGGUCUGAUUACAUAUCCAAGAGAGGACCCCAUGGUUGAAGAAUGGGAUAAUGUUAUACCAGUGGACAUACAGGAGCAUGAAGACAAGUUGCUGUGGGAAAGGGAGAAACUGGAGCAGGAUAUGACCCCAGUCGAUCAGGAAAAUGCACAUGGUGACACUGUAGGGGCUCAAGUGGAUCCAAAAAACUCUGAUGAAGGGCAAAAUGAAUUUACAGUUCUCAAUGAGUCUGACCAACAUGUUGCUCAAAAUGAUCAUCUGCCUGUGGUAGAAGAUACGUCUCUCUCCAACCACAACAAAGAGGAUGAGCGUGAACUUGAAACUGACCAUAAGGCUCAAGCUGUGUCUCACGUAAAGGGCUUUUUAAAGCUGCAAGAGACGAGUCCCUAUAAGGCCAGUGAACAGAGAGAAGAUGGAAAGACCAGUGGUUUGUUUAGAGAUGAAAGCAUAUUACCAGGGCAACAAGAGCGGCUUGAGGUUGAGGAUGUAUUUAGCUCACAGCAAGAAGCGGCUCCAUCAGACCUUCGCACUGAGACAUCACAGGAGGACACUUUAGAGAUGGCCAGCACUGACUGGGAGGACCAUUACCUGUGGUACAUAUGGAAUACAUUCUCAAUUAUCUCCAUGAUCCGCUUCCUCAGGAAAUAUGUAAGGAGAAGUUCCCACAAGAAGUAUGGAGAUGAUGACAUUUCUGAAGACAGUCUUUUCUCAGUGAAAAGCAUCUCUGGUGAAGUGCCACUGCCAGACAGUGACACUCUGCAGCGUUUUCAUUCAAAAUGUAUCAAAAAUGACAAAAGGUGGAGAGAGGAUGAGUUUUUGGAGGGAUUCGCAGAUGACCUACUAGAAGCCAUGAGGGCGGUGACUGAUAGAAAUGGCAGUAUGGUCAUUGAAGACUUUCAGAUGGUGAAGGAUGUGUGUGAUAUCAUCAUCCCCUUUACCCCGCCAGAGCCAUACAGCUUUCAGUGUCACCUUUGGACCAACCAGACAUGUGGCAUGACACCAGAUAUGCAACUUUGUGGUAAAAUAAAAAUGGUAGAAAAUGUAAAGAUCCAAAAUGGAUGCCCCUGUACAUCUUCCAAUGCAGGAGAUGAUGUUGUGUGCCUGCUACAUUGUGAGAAUGACAAUGUAAAAUCAGAAAUUACUGAUGUUUACAACGGUCUUCUUUGCAUGAAGGACACCCCCUUCCUAUCAAAAUCCCAUGUAACCAAAUGGUUUCAGGGGACUGUUCGAGAUGCAUGGGCACAGAUAUCCCAUAAAUACGAGUUUGAGCUGAACUUUCGCAACUCUGAUGCUCCAGGUGCUCUGGUGGUUCGAUUCAAAUCGGGGAAGACAAUCACAUUCAAUAUGAAUCCUGUGGUGAAACUCAACAGUGAAGCUUAUUUCCUCAUUACUGCUCACUCCUCGGACAUGCUCUGGACGCUUAAUGUAAGCAUCUACGAGGACCGCCUCUUACACCAUCUCUCCAAAAGCCUGCCUGAAAACUCAUGUCACAUUCAAAUUCUUGAAAUUGCAUAUUUCCUUCACAAGAGACAGACAGCACUGACAGGGGGAAGUGCUCUCAAAAACAUUCAUUUCAAAAACACACUAAUGCAUUUGCUUUUGACUAAGGCUGCAACACAGUGGCACCCUGACAACAUGGCUUGUAGGCUUCGCGACCUACUGGUCUUAGUGGAGAAAAGCCUCCGGCAGAAGUUGCUCCAUCACUUUCUAGUUGGAAAUCCAUCAACUCAAAAAUACAUUGAGCUUCCAGAUGCAUUGUCUCAUGCUAAGCCUGUGAAUCUCUUCCUCCCUCUUGUGGCACAUGACUGUCUCUACACAAACGCUUUGGUGCAUUUCCAUGAGAUGCUCAAAAACACUUGCAUGCUAAUAGAGGAUUAUGUGCCAAGCAAAUAUAGUUUAGAUUAGAAUCCCAACUGUUCUACUGACAAAUGAGCUUCAAUCUCUUGACUGGUUGUGCUUUCAUCACAUGGUAUGGGUUAACUCUGUACUUACAUUUCAUGGCUUGAAAUU